AUGGCUUCAAACGGUACAAGUAGGGUUCUUCCAACUCACUCUUCCACUAAGGGAGAGCAAAACAGAUUCUUCGAAGAUUACGGUGUUUGGAAGGAAGCUCCAAUACUUACAGGAAGCACAAAAUUCGAGCCAUUGCCAGACGUUAAGAAUAUCAUGAUUACAGGAGGGGCCGGGUUCAUUGCAUGUUGGCUGGUACGACAUUUGACUUUGACCUACCCCGAUGCAUACAACAUUGUGUCUUUCGACAAAUUGGAUUACUGCUCGUCAUUGAAUAAUACCCGAGCACUCAACGACAAGCGCAAUUUUUCCUUUUACCAUGGUGACAUUACCAACCCAUCCGAAGUUGUGGACUGCCUUGAACGACAUAACAUUGAUACAAUCUUCCACUUCGCAGCACAAUCUCAUGUCGAUUUGAGUUUUGGCAAUUCUUAUGCCUUUACCCACACAAACGUGUACGGUACCCACGUUUUGCUUGAGAGUGCCAAAAAGUUUGGGAUCAAAAAGUUCAUUCAUAUCUCUACCGAUGAAGUUUAUGGGGAGGUUAAGGAUGAUGAUGAUGACCUUUUGGAAACCAGCAUUUUGGCGCCUACGAAUCCUUAUGCUGCAAGUAAAGCAGCAGCAGAGAUGUUGGUACAUUCUUACCAGAAGAGCUUUAAGCUACCUGUGAUUAUCGUACGCAGUAACAAUGUUUACGGUCCACAUCAAUAUCCUGAGAAAAUCAUUCCCAAAUUUAGUUGCCUACUCCAACGUGGGCAACCGGUCGUUUUACAUGGAGAUGGAACCCCCACCAGAAGAUAUCUUUUCGCUGGUGAUGCAGCCGAUGCAUUUGAUACCAUUCUUCAUAAAGGUACCAUGGGACAGAUCUACAAUGUUGGAUCGUACGAUGAGAUAUCCAAUUUGACAUUAUGCUCGAAAUUACUCACGUACUUGAAUAUUCCCCACAGCACCCAGGCUGAGCUCCACAAGUGGGUCAAGCAUACGCAAGACCGACCAUUCAAUGAUCACCGUUAUGCAGUUGACGGAACCAAACUUAGACAAUUAGGCUGGGAUCAAAAGACUAGUUUCGAGAAUGGAAUGGCUAUCACUGUUGACUGGUAUAAGAGAUUCGGUGAAAGAUGGUGGGGUGAUAUCACCAAGGUCCUUACACCAUUCCCCACAGUUGCUGGAUCGGAAGUGGUGGGUGAUGACCAUGCUGUUGAAGAAGUCAAAGAAGAAAUGGUGGUUGAUGCUAAUGAUAAUAUGGUUUUGGGCAAGAAGAGAAAGUUAAAUGGUGUUUCGAGCGGGAUGAUUCAAGCUGUGGAAGUUUAG